AUCAUAAAAUUUACAACAAAAUCUAAAGUUAGAUUAAACAUUACACUUAACAACAACAACAACACUAGGAUCAAAAUGUUCCCUCUUUACAUUAUUAUAUGACAAAAAGAUAGAUCGUAUAGUCAAGUAAAUUGACAAUAGUACCCCUUUCAAUUUCAUACAUUAUUAUUAGUACUAUAUCAUUGUUCCAAUUUCAACCAAUCGCCAGAUUUGCAAGCCAAUAAAAAGUCCUCGUUGCGGGGUGUCCUAAAUCUAAGAAAAUAAUAGAAACCAAAAUGGCCAGUCAUAACAACUGGUUCUUGGUUUCUUCUCUCUUGCUUACAUUGCUCCAAAUCCAAACCAAAGUGUUUUGCUACCAAUUCAAAGUUGGAGAUCUAAAUGCUUGGGGUAUACCCACCUCAGCAAAUCCACAAGUCUAUGCCAAAUGGUCCAAAUUUCACAACUUCACCCUCGGAGACUCACUUUUGUUUCUAUAUCCACCAAGUCAAGAUUCAUUGAUUCAAGUAACACAAGAAUCUUACAAGAGCUGCAACACUAAAGAUCCAAUAUUGUAUAUGAACAAUGGUAACUCUUUGUUUAACAUAACAUCACAUGGUGAUUUUUACUUCACAAGUGGAGAAAAUGGUCAUUGCCAAAAGAAUCAAAAGAUUCAUAUAUCUGUUGGAGGAACUGGAAAUGUUGAUGCUGAAGCUAAUAGUCCAAGUUCUUCAUUGCCUGCAUCUGCACCCUCUUCACAAACAGUGUUUGGAAGCAUUCCAGUAGCUCCUUCUUCAUCAAAUUCACCUCACCCAACUUCAACUUUUCAUGUGUUUAUUAUUGGAUCUCUAUAUGCACUAUUUUUGGCUUUAAUGUAAAAGCAAAAGAGUAAGUUGAGAGUCAUAAAUAUAUUGUAAUAUAUAUUAUUUUUCUUUAAUUUAGAUUCUUUUUGUCAAUGAUCUCAAUCUGUAAUUCUUUAUGAGGUUUCAUUUUUUAAAAGUUACUUGUUCCUUGAUUAUGUAAUACUUUGUUUUUAUAUAAGAAUUGAAUAUGAAAUACUACUUUGUAUUGGAGAAUUUUGGA